UGUUGCGCUUUUGCUCCCAGAGCGAGAUUUUCACUUCAGGUGAUGGUCUUUAGUUCUGCCCUGUUGAGAACAAGUGUGUGUGUGUGUGUGUGUACCUGACAUCACACUCCAGCCUAAUAUGCCACAAGAGGGCGAUGACAAGGUGGACCUGUGUGGCCGGGGGAGUUGGUGGCUGGGAACACUGAAAGACACACCCAACCCAGGUUUCUAUCACAUCCGAGGCUUCAUCGAAGAAGGUGAACUGAAUCCGGUGAGGAAGACCUACGGGUUCAAAGGCAUGGGCAGAAAAGCUCAGACUCUGGGUGUACGUAAGGGGGAUUUGCUUCUACCCGGGGCGUAUGAAUUCACCGACUCCAUCCAGGAAGUCCUGAUGCACCAGGCAUCCUACUCUUUUAAAAACUGUCCACGGCCUGACAUCAUCACCCUCGGCAUCAGGGACAAGCAUAUAAACACUUCACCAUGCGACUACAACGUGACAGCCAAACCGGUGGAGAAGAUUCCCUGCAAGCAUGUGAUGUUUCGGUCGACCGUGCAGCGUAUCAGCUUUCCACCUAAGAACAAAAAGGAAGCUGACCAGUUGAUUGAAGGAGUAGCAUGUAGCAGGGUGUUGGAUUCACUGAUCAAAAACAGAAGGAGGGACCUGCUCCGUGCCACUAUAAUCCACAGACCAGACCAGCGAAAAGCAUCAGUUCCUGCUUCAAAUCCACAUUGCCCCGGCUUCACUAUGAGCGCUCAAAGACCCCGGGACCAGGCGCCUACGAACCUCGCUGGAAGUUGGGCGACCGACUCAAAACAGAGGCCAUAGAUCCAUCGUUUAGCCUCUUCUUCCGCAACACUCUCUAGUCGAUUUAUUUCCCACAAUGCCUUGAUCCCACAAACAUCUCAGACAGAUUACACACGCCUAAUCUAUGAAAUAAAA